GCUUAAUCUCUGCUCCUCAGAGCCUGAGAGGAGGCUGAAGGUGACUUCCUUUGUUGUUGAUGAAGUCAGUAGCAUCAUUAAAGAGGCCAUAGAAAGCGCGAUAGGUGGCAAUGCCUACCAGCACAGCAAAGUGAACCAGUGGACAACAGGCGUGGUGGAACAAACGCUGAGCCAGCUCACAAAGCUGGGGAAGCCUUUCAAGUACAUCGUGACCUGUGUGAUUAUGCAAAAGAAUGGUGCUGGGCUACAUACAGCAAGCUCUUGCUUCUGGGACAACUCCAGUGAUGGAACCUGCACUGUGAGAUGGGAGAAUAAGACUAUGUACUGUAUUGUCAGUGCCUUUGGACUUGCAAUAUAAUUGCCUUGAAAUCAUUCAUCCUUCUGUUUUCUACUCCAGCACUUGAUUCCAUCUCUACUGAAACUGUGAAUACACUGAACAACUUCUGGUUUUAAUGUACUUUUUAAAUAACUUUUUUUUUCAAACGUAGAAAUGUGAAAACAUGCUGUUACACUAUUAUGUUUGUACUUAGUAUCGUGCCAGUGUUGCCAUGCUGUCUUAACACUUCAAGAACUUCUCUUCAAGGUGCUAAUACUGAAAUCUGCUGCAGUGUAAACACUUUCUCUAGAUUUCUUUUUUAAGACCAAUAUAAAUGCGACACCGACUUUCACACUUUGUACUCUUGGUUAGCAUUAAAUUAUUGACAUUCAUAA